AGAACGCCUUCCUAAUGCGUCAUACACCAACAAAGACGCGAGCGUAACCCUGUAGCCGGUCGUGGAGUUCGUCCACCUUCCCGGCGGCGGAACGAAGAGCGGCAGUCCACCCGUGAACGAAACUGGGGCGGCGGCGAGGAGGAAGGGGAUUUUCCUGUUCUCUAAGGUUCCGGGGCGUUCAGUCUGUGCUCUUCGGCUCUUCUGCGAUUUGGAAAAAAUCAAAGUAAGAAAAGAAAUACUGAAAUGCAAAUGAAUCAAAGCAGGUGGAAGAUGGCUGCUGAUACUUCAGCUGAAAUGUUUUCAAAAGCUCUGGAGUCUCAAAUGCUUCAAACAGCCAAGAUUGUAGAAGAACAGCUUGAUGCAGAGAUACAAAAACUGGACCAGAUGGAUGAUGAUGAACUAGAACUUGUAAAGCAAAGAAGACUCCAGGCAUUGAAGAAAGCCCAGCAGCAGAAACAAGAAUGGCUAUCAAAAGGACAUGGGGAAUACCGGGAAAUCCCUAGUGAGAAAGAUUUUUUUCAAGAAGUGAAAGGGAGCAAAAAUGUGGUCUGUCACUUUUACAAAGAUACAACUUUCAGAUGCUUAAUAUUAGACAAACAUUUAAGCAUUCUUGCAAAAAAACACAUUGAAACCAAGUUUAUCAAGUUAAAUGCUGAAAAAUCUCCAUUUCUGUGUGAGAGACUUCGCAUCAAAGUAAUUCCUACACUGGCACUUGUAAAAGAUGGGAAAACACAGGAUUAUGUUGUUGGCUUUACUGAUCUUGGUAAUACAGAUGACUUUACCACAGAGACUUUAGAAUGGAGAUUAGGAUGUGCAGACAUAAUCAAGUACAGUGGCAACUUAAUGGAUCCACCUUUCCAGAGCCAGAAGUUUGGAACCACCUUCACAAAGCUGGAUAAGAAAACAAUCAGAGGAAAGAAAUAUGAUUCAGAUUCUGAUGAUGAUUAGAUGUCAUGAUAAAAUAUUUGUAAAUCAUCUUUUCUUUAAGCUUGGUACAUUUCUAGGAAUGUUUUUAUACAGCUGUUUGUUUUCAAAACAUUUGCACAUAAUGCUCAUUUUCUAAACAGUUUUAUACAACUCAUAAAAAGAAAUCGUAAAUAUUUUUUUCCUCUGGGGGAUCAUUUCUAGGCCAAGAAAUCUGAGCCCUUUUGAACUUUGUCACAUGAGAAAUGAUGUUCAGUAUUCUAUUAUUUUAAAAGUAACCCUUUUAAACUGAAUUUUAGUACCUUCUACUAUUUACCAUCACAAUAUUAAUGAAGGACUCCUGUCAAGAAUUGUUAUAAAACUAUUCUGGAAGUGGUACAUUAAUAAAAUCAUUGCUUGCCAAUGCCAUGAGUAUGGCAUUAUCUUAACUACAUUGCACUGCAUAUUGUACAAACAUCUUAGCCUCCUUUAAAGAAUUAGGGCUGUAAUCUUAUACACACUUACCUGGGAGGAACCCCUAUUGGACUCAAUGGGAUUAACUUCCUAGUAGCUGUGCAUAGGGUUGCACUGUAAGUGAAACAACUGUGUAUACUGCAUGAUAAAGCAACAUCAGCAGUAAAUAGCACAUAAAAACUAUACUGAAAUGUAUCUUGCUUGCAGUUUUUUUAAUGUGGUUUAGAGAACAGGCCAGAUAAAACAAUUGCUUUUCUCUCUUGAAGCAAUGAAUGCAGUUUAAUACAACUUCUUGCACUGUUGUUCUUCAGUAAUAAGUAUAUUUUUCUGAAUGAGCUCUACCUUCCUGGAAUUUUAAAUGUCCCUUGAAAAUCUGACAGUCUAGCUGGUAGGUGAAUCAAUUUCUCUGUGCUCAUUAACAUAUAUGAUUUGGCUACUUCUUGAAGUGUAUCUGCCUUUUGUCAGAACAAGGAACAAUGGCACUUAUAGGUGCUAUUCAUCUAAGAAGGAAAGCCAUCCUUCUGAAUUUCUAAUUGAGGUAAAUAUGGAGCCAGAUUGCUUUUUUAAAAGUCUAUAAUCAAAGCCAGGGAGUGGUGUGGUCUUGAUGUGCCUGACUCCCCUUUAAGCAAGCUUUGGCUUUAUUUUCCCCAUUUUUAUUCUUGAGGGGGUAAGAAAAUGGCUUAGGUAAGAGAAUGAAUGAGCAAAACAAAUAUUCCCCAGGUAAUUCUCCCCUCCUUGGCUCAGUGCAAUGCACUGCUAUGUCUCAGUCAUUUCUUGCCUCUAUUAGAUGGAAACCAAUUUACAUAAAGAAGAUAAACAUAUACAAGAUUAAGGUUUAAGGGAGUCGGGUUUAAGUGAGAACCACAGAGUGUUGGGGUAAUGAGAGGAAAUAAGCUAAACAAUGACUUGAGGGCAGGAGGAAAGGAGAAAGCGUUUAAGGGUAUGAGCAAAUCUACUAAACAGGUAGAGUUGGUAAGCAGAAUCUUCAUGUUCUGACAUCCUAAUUACUAGGUGCUAUAAGAGAUGCAAAACCCAUCUGGCACUCUAGCACAGUUGGUCAGCAAUAUUGUUCUCUUUUUUUUAAUGUUCAUGUAAAUCGAAAUAAAGUUGAAUUCUAAUUCUCAA